UUGCGCCGCUGCUCGCUUGGGCGGGAACCGGGAGGCGGGACUUCCUGCUUGGGGCCGCGCCUCAAGAAGGAAAAAAAAUCCAAAGAAGAAAAAAGAAAGCCCACUCAAGUAAGAAAGACUCGUCUAGCAUCGAGUCAAUGCGACAGAGGUACGAGUUGGACGUGCAAUCACUUCCAGUUUUCCGUCUGCUUGUUGGCGAGUCAGGUCCAGCGCGGAAACAAGCUCAGCGGUUGUCAGGCAGGCUGGACCGUUUUGCCUCCCGCGCGUUCCGGGUUUAGCCGCCGGUUGCACUUCCUGGUCUAGGGCGGCCUUCGGCAUGAGCGAAUUCUGGCACAAGAUGGCUUGUUGCGUCACGGCUAAAGCGCCGCCGAAGCGGAGGAGACGGAGGAUUGACCGCAGCAUGAUCGGUGAGCCGACAAACUUCAUCCACCUGACCCACAUCGGCUCGGGAGAGAUGGCCGACGGACGCCAGCCCUCGGGGUCCGUUCAGGAGCAGAUGAGGUCGAAAUGUCCAAACAUGAACGGCAGAAACAGCCUUUUGUAGCCGGCGUACCACGGCGCUGACUGUCCUCUCGGCGGUGACACGCCCACAUUCCGUCCGGCCCCCUUUGGGGUUGGGGGGGGGCACCGUCCCUGUGAGCAAAGCCUGUCGCCAAAGAAGCCGAACCUGUGCAGUCUUCCACCUUUCAUUCUGACGCGGACCAACUCGGGAGGGGAUGAACUUGAGCGAGGACGUUAGCGCUCACGCAACACCACUGGACUCAGUUUGCCACAGUCCCCUUUCUUCAAAAAAAUUUCCCAGCAUUCCCUGCUCCAUCGGUGAUCGCAUUUCAAGUUCCCAGGAUGCUUUGCGCUCAUAAGUCAGUCACGGCUUGCGUGGCGACACGGCAGUCUGAUGCACUGGAGGACGUUCCUCUUUCAAAGACUGACAGGUCAUGUGAUCGCCACUCGGACGCGAACGUGACGGGACAAUUCGCUCGUGUGAGCUUUUUGAGGGAUUUUUCAAUUGUUUUUAUUUUUGGGUUUAUCUAUUGACAAUUUAUCUUUUUCAAAAGACGUCAGUGCGUCGAUACGUUUGCAUUUCAAAUGAACUUUGACCUCCACAGAAGCUCAGGGUCACCUCCAGAUCAUGUUGACAUCUCCCAAGUGACGUUUUUGCUUACGCAAGGCCGUCCGCACGCACUUGCUUGCUAAGCUAAGCUCCGCCUGCUGGUUAUGUAACUGAUGAAUAAAGAAAGACCCACGCUU